UGUCUGAUUUUUGGCCUUUAUUAUCUUAAUUUAGAAUUAUUUAUAAAUAAAAAAACGUGAUUAAAUAUACAUUUUAUAUUACCCUUUUUACCUUCAACAUGUUAGUGUUGAGGAAAAGUAUGUUAUUCAAAUGAAGAAAGUAUAGACCUUCAGGAGUAUUUUGUUUUGAUAUGCAAAGGCCUGUGGAUGAAAAGGGCGAUUGUGAGGCCCAAUCUGACCUCGAGCGCUCUAGCAACAUGCUAGCAGCGCCUGACAACAAGAAGAAGACCGAGUUGGACAAAUCCGACGCGAAACCAAAGGCAAGUGAAGAGGACCCAAAACCACGAAUAGUUCUCACAUUUCGCUCCGAAAAGACAGGAACGCGUUCCAGCAACAUGAAGAUCGUUUCAGCUGAAGAGAAGCAAGAGGAAAUCUCGCCGCGGCGCUCCUCCCGCAUCAGAAUACCCGUUAUGUGGGACUCGGAUGAGGAGACUGAAUUUACGUCGCCCAAGAAAGAAAAAGCUGUAAGCAGCGUGUCGGAAAACGAAGAAGCUUCCGACGGGAGCACGCCCAAACGCUCCACGCGUCGAAGAAGCAAGGAGUUCUCGGAUAAUGUGAUUGCUAAUGCCAUAGCUAGGAAAGAGAAGUAUAAUGAACCUGGACCUACUAAGAGGCCAUCUCGACAGAUAAAACCGACCCCUAAGGUGCUGGGGAACAAAGAGCUGAGGUGGCUACAGUCUCAGCCAAUAAGUAAAUUUAUUGACAGCUCGGAGGGUGUGACGACCCGCAGGUCUCGGAGGAAGAGCUGUGAACCUGUGGAGGAGAAGAAAGUUGAGAAAGUAUUUGAGGAGGAAGAAGAUAUUGAAGGGGAAGAGAUGGAACUGGAAGAAGCCCAGGCAGAGGAGUCUGAAGUGCAAUCAAAUGAUGUGAAGAAACUGAAACACCUGUGCGAGCUGGGGCUCCGAGCCAUCAACCCUGCCGGCCUAAGUGACAGCCAUGAGGCUGAAGACAGAGACGAAGAAAUGGAAGAGCUAGAAGACGAGGAACUAGACGAAGAGCUGAUCAGCAAGCUGGCCGAAGAGACGGGCUCUGAAGAGGCGGGCUCCGAUGAAGAUGACGAUGAGUUCUUCUGCGCCGCCGAUGCUUCGUGCGAGCGGCCCCGGCGCUCCACCCGGCUCUGCUCUGGGUACGGGGAGGACGAAGAGAUGGCUGAUGACGGGAAAUCGCAGCCGCGUCGCUCGUCGAGGAUCCCCAAGAGCGUAGAAUACUUGUCAGACACCGAAAGGUACCCAGCGGGGGCGGAUGACACGGAGGCGGCCUGCCCGGACGAGGAGGCGGGCGUCAUAGCGACGUGCUUCUGCGAGGCCGCUAGCAACGUGUACGCCUCGCCUAAAGACUUGGAGGCGGAGCCAGUGUUCUGCCAAGCCGUGGACCUGGUGGACGGUAUCCGCGUGGGCUGCUCCCACAGCGCGCUGCGCACGGCAGCCGGCCUGCCGCUGGUGCGGAGCGGGCCCCGCGCGCCCUACGUGCUGGCGUGCGAGCAGCACAACAAACAGCUGAGGCUGCACAUGGCUUGCGCUGCUUGUGGCUGCUUCUGUACCCAGGGCGUGUUCUACCGCUGCAACAAGAACCACUAUUUCCACGUAGACUGCGGGAUCUCCAGCGACCCAAAACAGAAGCCCGGCUGUCCUCACUGCGGAGUGUAUUCAUACCGCUGGCAGCCGGUCAACAGAGAGUGUCACAGAGUGCGCAUCACAGCCAAAUGUUCCAACAAGAGAGUGUUCCUACCUGAUCAGAGGGUGCAAUGCACUCCAGCAUACCUCGGCUUUUCCACACUGGACCCCACGAGCUUAGACCAAGACCCCAUAAUCCCCCCAGAGCUGCUACCGGCUCUCUCAGUAGACCUCGAGGGUUUAAGGUCUCGGGAGCCCUCGGCGGACGCGGGAGACUUGCACCCCGCAAUACUGGCCGGCGCUAAGGCUGACGAGCUGCUGCCUAUGAUAGUGUCCUGCCCCGACAUAAACAAGCCCGUAACACCCAGCGGGGGCACAGUGGCUCACGCGGCGGCGCGCCGAGGCCAUCUCGCCGCCCUAUACCUAGUACAGUACGCGGGCGCCAACAUCGACGCGGAGGACGCGCGCUCGCUCACGCCGCUCAUGUGCGCUGUCAGAGCACUCUCCAAGAGCACCGAAUCGAAGCCCAAAGCCGCCGACUCCGACGCAGAAAUGGACGCAGACGGAGAGAGCGAGAAAGAAGAUGACAAGAGCGAGACGGGAAGCGACGCGGAGCUGCUCAGAGUCAUCCGGUACCUGGUCGCGGCCGGGGCCGAUGUCAACCUGCCUGGCCCCGAAGGCAUGACAGCGCUGCACACAGCCGCCCGUUACGGCCACAAAGAAGCGUGCGCCGCCAUCUUGAAUUCUGCCAAGUCUCAAGUCGACCCGCGCGACCACGGCGGCUGGACGCCACUAGUCUGGGCCGCGGAGCACUCGCACGCGGCUGUAGUGAGAUUACUACUGGAGCACGGCGCGGCCACGGCGACGGACAUCGAAGGCAACGCGGCGGCGCACUGGUGCGCGCUCGCCGGGCACGCGCCGUGCCUGCGGCUGCUGGUGGAGGCGGCCCCGCGCGCCGUGGCCGUCGUCAACGCGCACAGGGACACGCCGCUGCAUGUCGCGGCGAGACAAGGUCACUACGCGUGCGUCGUCAUACUACUGGCACACGGAGCGAGAACGGACGUCGAAAACAUAGCAGGCGAACUGCCAGUGGAGGUGUGUUCGGGGCAAUGUCAAAGCGCCAUCUCGCUCAACAUGCAAAUGUCUAUCGCUUCGAGGGAGCGACUGCCGCGGUACAAGAUGUUGUCAAGUGACAUAUCAAACGGGCGCGAGCCUCACCCGGUCCCCUGCAUCAACGAGGUGGACGACACGCCCGCCCCCGCGGACUUCACGUACGUGGUGCGCCACGUGACGCCGCGGCGGGUCGACGUCGACGACACUAUUGACACGCUGCAGGGCUGCACGUGCACGGACGGUUCGUGCUCGGCAGAUACGUGCUCGUGCCAGCUGCUUGGCGUGCGUCGCUGGUUCCACAAGGGCCGGCUCGUGCCCGACUUCCCCUACCACGAACCCCCCAUGCUGUUCCAGUGCAACCACACUUGCGGCUGCAACAAGAAACUGUGCUCGAACUCAGUGGUGACCCGCGCCACAGAGAACGGGUCGAUGAUGAUCCGCGCGUGCGUGUUCCGCUCCGCCGGCUCCAAGGGCUGGGGGCUGCGCGCCGCCGCCAAGGUCCUCCGAGGGUCGCCAGUGGCGACGUACUGCGGGGAACUGCUGAGCAUGGGCCACGCCGACACACGAUCUCCUGAUCACUACAUGUUCGCUUUAGACGUGAAACCUGACCUGCUGGAGCAAUGCGAGUACAAAGUGCAACUGUGCGUGGACGCGGCGCAGUACGGCAGCGCCGCUCGCUUCAUCAACCACAGCUGCCAGCCCAACCUGGCGCCCGUCCGAGUAUUCACAUCCACCAGGGACCUGCGGUUACCCGCCGUGUGCCUAUUCGCCACCAGGGACAUCGCGCCCGGCGAGGAGCUCUCUUUCGACUACGGCGACAAGUUCUGGUCGGUGAAGUCCAAGUGGAUGAAAUGCGAAUGCGGCAGCGCCGAGUGCCGGUACCCGCAACAGACCACCGACGAAUAACCCUGAGAUCAGAUCAGACCUUACAACAUACUCAUAGAGCAUUUCACUGCAAUGACAGUUUACCUUCGGGGCAACACUGGCUUCCGACAAAUCGCAAGUUACGGCCACUUGCACGAGUUGCACGUUCUUGAGUUAGACCUACUAUUUAACUCUGAGUUAAGAUGAAGUCAAGAGUCAAUUGGUAUCUACCGUGUAAAAGGCUUCUAAGAAAAAAGAAUUAGUAGAACAUUUGUAACAAUCUGUUUGGCAUAGACGAGACACGCAUGUCUGGCUCCACCUAUAUAUUGAGAUCAACUAGCAUUGAUAUAUUUAAGCAUUCGAUCUAAAUGUAAAAAUAAGUCGUUUUUAAGAGUUAGAAAACUUACUUUACACAACAUAGGAACUAUAAUGAUAAUUUGAUAAACCAUAAAUGUAGAAAAAUAAAAUUAGGUUAAGUGAAAUUUUGAAUAAUUUUAUAUUUAUUGGCAAUAAGAGAUAUAAUCAAUGUUUGACUGUUUGUGUUAGGUUCUUAUAUGUAUUGAUUUAAUGUUGAUUGAGAUUUGUAUGGUAGUUCGAAAGAUUAUUCCUCUUUACUUGAUUUUGAAUUUAUUGUAGUUUUCAAUAUAGCAUUGAGAUCCGAUGAUUGCCGAUGAAGAUGAAUUAUCUGCAAAAACUUAUUUAAUCGAAAUGAUAAUUGAAUGUAUCUCAAUUCACCUGUUUCUGUAUUGUAAUAUAAACAUGUGAUUAUUAUAACAUAUUAUAAUAAUGAAGCAUGA